AUGAAGAUCGGUCCUCCUUAUCCCUUUAAAGGCGACCAGAGUCCGCAGCGUCCCUCACGGUCGACACAGUCGGUGGAUGAAGAGCCACCUCCAUACACAGAAUGGGAGCCUUUUGUCAGGGACUUGAGCAGAAUCGCAAGCUCCGGAGCUCAGGCAUUUCCUUGUGAGCAGGAUACUAGUUCUUCUACCGAAGAAAGCGACUCCUUCCAAAUUUCAAGUGCCCAAGGUGAUUGCACACCUUACAAGGAAGAAACAAAUCCGUUUGGCCAGAUCGAUGGGAAAGUCCAUCAGUUCAUUUUACCGAUUCGCGAAAAGCCGCAGAACUGCUUUGCAGGCUCAUAUGCAUCGUUACCCGUCUUGCUUGAGAAUCCGUUGAACGAGAAUGAACUCAGCAAUUUUUCACAUCAGUGUGCGGAUCAAAAAGAAGUCGAAAGGAUGGCUUCCAUCGUCAUGGGCCAACCUGUGAUUGUGAAUAUGUCUCAUGUCGACCCGCUAGCUGCGGAAUUUACAGCCCAGGAGUUGGGAGAGAUGUCAGAGAAGCCCGAAAAUUCGUCCAUGCAGAGAUCUGAGAGCUUUGCACCUGGCGAUGAUAAAGCGUUUUCAUCAACGCCGAUUAAUGAAAAGACAAUCUCCGGGUCCGAAGAGGAAGGACGUGGCCAGCAUUCGGAAACUGACAAUAACCCGGAAUUAGAAACAGAUGUUAUUCCAGAGGAAGAGUCUGGUCAUGAAUCCGAGGAAGAUCACCUCUCACCGGAAGAAAAGCUCAGGAAGACACUCAAGCAAGAAACAAUGUCAACUCGUUCCUUACCGCCCCAUGGUGACCGAACCGAGAUAGCUGAACCACUUCCUAUGCUAAGAGAAAUCCCUUUGGGAUCUAUACCGAUAUCUGCAGCUCAAUCUGCGGACGAUAGUCUUAUGCAAACAGAAAGCACCUCUGGAGACUCCGUGAAAAUUGAUUCUGUGCAGCCACUCUCCAGCAGCUCUGGAGUAACAUCUCAACUUGCAGGGGUUUUGAAUAAUGACGUUUUUGGGCCUGCAGCGCCGGUUAGUCUUCAUGCUCCCCAGAACCCGGAUAGCUCUCAUAGCGACCACAACAUUCAUCAGCCGGGCCUAAUGGCAUCGAUGCCUCAAUCGGGACAUAUCAAUGUCAGUGCUUCCAAGACCAACAAGUAUCUGCUAGAUCAUUUUACGGAUACUCAUGUGUCGCUGACAUCAUCUGAAAAUCCCAAUUCACCAAUUCCGAGCAUCACUGAUAGCUGCAUUGGGUCAGGAUCCAUAGUUGUUGCCGUGGAUUGCAGGAGGCUAAAAUUCGCCACGGAGGAUCGUCAAGACGACGAGUUUUACACCAGGUUCGGCGGAAUUUAUAUGGUUCUGCAAAUGUUUAACGAUCAAUGGGCAUUCUGCUCGAAACUGCGGAUGACCACAGCACUCUGCCAGUACUGCUAUGACCGAGAACAGGAGAAUAAGAAAUUCAGUAGGGCUGGGCUGAAGAGAUUAUUCCGCAGAGGUUCGACCAAGGAGGUAAAGAAACCUGAUUAUCGGAUUCAACCUGAAGUGGAUCCUCGCAUGGGACCGCUCCUCGGAUUUCUGCCUCUCAGCGCUGUCACGUUGCUUCCAAACAUGGAGGAUUAUUGCGCGCGCGAGAAGGUCCUGACAGGAUCCCAUGAGGUUGAUAUUGAUGUGCCGAUGAGAACAUUGAGUUUGCAGGGGGCGAGUCGCUACUACGACUCGGAUGGAGUUCUUGUCAGCGAAGAGAUCUAUCAAAAAUGUUUUGAAAAUUGCGGAGGGCGCUGCUUCCACCCGCUAACGGCCAAGAAGAUUCUGAAGCAGCUGUACAACGAAUCUAUUCGAGAGAGCUCACGGGAGCGCGCCGAAGAAUCUGCCCCGAAGCUUUCUACCAAGCGCUCCAUCAAGAACUUUUUCACAGGCACAUUUUCGCGACGCGGAAAUGGUCACAAGCGAACUCCACUUCCGAAGUAG